AUGACCGUUCCCUUGCCUGACGGUUUUUGCCCUCCCUACGCCUUAGAACCCUAUGAUGGCACCACUGACCCCCAGGAUCACCUUACCACCUUCAGCGCUGCCAUGUUGAUAAGCGAAAGCUCGGACCCGAUCAUGUGCCGAACCUUCCCCAGCACAUUGAGAAAGUCGGCCAUGUUAUGGUUCUCAUCCUUGGAGCCAAAUUCCAUCCACGACUUCUCCGAGCUAGCCACCCACUUCCUCACUCACUUCUCCACUAGUCGAGACCAUCGCCAGACCUUAACCAGUCUUAUCAACCUGAAACAAGGUGAACACGAGCCAUUACGGGCAUUCAUGAACAGGUUCUUUCAAGAAGCUCUCCAGAUCAAAGAUCUCAACCUCGCGAUAUCCCUACACGCCAUUAUGGCUGGAUUAAGAGUGGGUCCCUUCGUCGAUUCACUGGCUCGAAAGCCCCCAGCUACCCUGGUCGACCUUAGGACAUGGUUGGCAGGAUACAUUAACAUAGAGGAAGCCUCGACCAUCCAACGCGCGAAGAUAGAAUCAUGA